CGGAGGGGGCGCUUCUCGCCGCCGUGGCGCGGUGGGCGCUGCGCGAGGCUGGCCAAGCUUGGGUGGACACAGUGUGGGAAUUAGACUUCACUGAAACAGAGCCUUUGGAUUCUAGACUACACAGCUUGAUAACAGAUGAGGGUUUGGAUGCCUUCUCCCAGCUUUAUGAGGCCCUCUGUCCCUUUGCUGUAGAUGACCAUGGGACCACCAAGAGCAUCUGGCCUCUCCUUGCAGAGAACAAUAUCUCCCACAGCACCAUUGUGGCCGUGCUGUAUCACUUUGUCCAGGAGGCCCAAAGCAAAAAUGCCGGCGUUCAUCAGCGGCUGUAUGCGCUGCAUGCUGCGGGACUGUACUUUCUAUUGGUCGAAAUUCCAGGCAGCAUUGCCAAUCAGGUGUUCCAUCCUGUGAUGUUUGAAAAAUGUCUUCAGAUGCUGUCUAAAUGCUGGCCCCAGGAAUCCAACUUGCCCAGAAAAAGGAAAAAAGACAACAGUAAAAAUUCGAUGCAUGGUAGAAAGAAAGGAAGGGCAGUGAGAAAUAAAAACACAUCAAUGGAUGAGAACUUUGAGGAGGAGGAGGAAGGCCAGGAAGAAGGAAUUCACUUCUCUGCACAGGAGCUGCUUCAAAUUCGGACAGCCCUCUUCUUUCUCUUGAAGAACCUCCUGCGGCUUCUUUCUAAGUUCUCCUUGAAAGAGAGACCGCAGUGCAUGCAGACUUGCAUUCAGGUCUUCGUUAAUUUGACAGGGUUUGAGCCCUGUAUACAUGAGUUUGAGCCUUCAGAGAAGAUGGUGAUCGACCAAGCCAAGUAUGUCCCAGAACUUGCCUAUUUUGGCUUACGACUUCUGUGUUCGCCAUUUCACAGCCUAGAAGAUAAGGUUCUACGCCAGGUGUUCCAUCGAUUUCUCAGCAUCAUCCUCAUGUUGCCAGGGAGAGAAGGAUCUAGCAGUGCAUCAGCCACUAUUCCGUCUCAGCUCAUUGGUGCUAGGGACCAGGCCAUCAAAUUCAUCAGCUCUCUCGCCGAUGAACUGAAAGCUGCCGUCUUCCCUGUACUGCGGAUCUUACUCCAGCAUAUUUGUGCCAAGGUGCCUGACAAGUCUGAAUAUCGAACGCACGCAGCACAGUCUUUGGUGCAGCUACUGUACAAAUUUCCAUGUGCAGAACAUGCUGACUUCAUCGCGUGGCUGUAUCGGUACUCACACAGUGACCAGAUAUCCUACAGGGUGUUUGCCCUUGAUGUGGCCUUGGCCCUGCUGGACCUUCCUGAACGGGAUGAAGACACGGCUGCCUUGUCCGAGGAACAGCAGAUGUUCCUGAAGCACAAAUUCCUGGUGCAGGUCAUGGUCUUCCGUCGGUGCUCGGACGUAGCGCCCACUGUCCGCAGCAAGGCGCUCUCGAGCUUUGCUCAGUGUCUAGAAAUGAAAGCCACUUUGAGCACAGACACCUUCCAGGAGCUGCUGCAAGGCGUUGCUGUUUCUACAGUCAUGGACUCAAGCCCAUCUGGGACACCCCGAACUCAUACAGAGGGGGCCUCCAGCCGAAUGAAGACCUUCCCAACAUUCAAAACCAUUGAAAUAACGGACAAACAAGACACCACACAGUUUGAUGGAAAGAUGAUCAUGAACAUGUUGAGGCUGAGAACUAGAGAUCAGAAGACAAAUGUUCGGAAAUCUGCCCUUCAGGUAUUGAUGAGUAUCUUGAAGCACCACAUGGUUCCAUGCACCCCAGAAGACCUGGCUCCCCUUUCAGAACGAUGUCGCGAUUCUGCCGUCUCUGUGAAGAAGCAAGCCCUCCAGUCUAUUACGGAGCUCCUAACGUCUCAGCCAGAGAAUGUCCUGAUACAGAAGGCCUGGCUGACCGGAGUGAUCCCCGUCGUCAUGGACUCUGAGAACUCUGUGCAGGAGAAAGCUCUGGACUGCAUCGAGCAGCUCUUGCUGCAGCCCAUUAAACACUGUAACAAAUUCAGCCACCAGGACCAACCUCAAGUUCUUGCCUGGGCUCUCCUCACGUUGUUUGCAGAAGAGUGUCAGGACCUGAGCCGCUACUUGAACAGAGCUUUCCACAUAUGCGCCAAGAAGGGCAAAUUCUCCUCGUCGUUUGUUAACAGCAUCCUCUCCCACACAGAAACAGAGCGUGCCGCACCGGCUUGGAUGCUGCUGGCAAAGGUGGCUGGGUCGUCCCCCAAGCUGGACUAUUCAAAGAUAAUUGACGCCUGGAACAGUAUCAGAAGGCAAGCGAGACCAGCAUCGGAGUAGACGAUGGUGCACAUUCUCUCUGUGAUUGGGAGCACCGCAAAGCACCUGCCUAGCAGCAUCCGGAACAGGGUGAUCGAUGAUAUCAAGCGUCGCCUGUUGGAAUUCCAGUUUCCUCUGUUGGCGAUCAGCCCAGCUGUUGAGACCACACAGAAACUGUGCAUUGCCUCAGCAGAAUCCCCAAAGGAGAUACUGGCGCUGCAGAGCGAGGUAUUUGAAGAUAUUUUAUUGGCAUGUGAGUGCUAUAUCUCAAGCAUUGUCCUCCAAGAGCAUGGAGCAGAACAGCUGCAAGAGGAUGUCUUGGUGAAACAUCUCUUCACCUUGGGUGAGGCUGUUCAGAUGUGCCCAGGGAAAGUGGGGAAACGUACCUUCUUGCUGAUACAGUCCAUCCUGGCUAGUCCUGACAGCAUGGGGCAGGAGUCCAGCCACGGGGAUAAUGAAGAGCUUCUGCCGUCUCAACCAUUAUCUCAGUUCCAAGGCUCCGUGAUGCCUUCUGCGGUCCGAGCUCACGCUUUCAUUACCCUAGGGAAGCUUUGCCUGCAGCAUGAGGACGUGGCGAAGAAGUGCAUCCCUGCUCUGGCCCGGGAGCUACAGGUGUCCAAAGAUGUGGCUGUCCGCAACAACGUCAUCCUUGUGAUCGGUGACCUCUGCGUUCGCUACACCUCUAUGGCGGACCAGUAUAUCCCAGAUGUCUCCGUGUGCUUGAAGGACCCCGAGCCUUUCAUUCGGAAGCAGACGCUUAUCCUCCUUACCAACCUCUUACAGGAAGAAUUUGUGAAAUGGAAAGGAUCUCUCUUCUUCAGGUUUGUCAGUGUUCUGGUGGACCCAUGUGAGGAGAUUGCCAGCUUGGCCAAAUUCUGCUUGGUGCAUCUCCUGCUGAAGAGGAACCCAGUGAUGUUCUCCCAGCACUUCAUCGAAUGCAUCUUCUACUUCAAUUGCUACGAGAAGCACGAGAAAUACAAUAAGUUCCCCCAGAAUGAGUGUGAGAAGUCCCUCUUCUCCCUGAAGGGCAAAGCUAACAAAGACAAGCGGGUGCUGAUUUACAAGUAUCUGUUGGAACAUUUUACUGAUGAGCAGAGAUUCAACAUCACUUCGAAAAUCAGCUUGAACAUCCUGGCCUGCUUUGCAGAUGGAGCCCUUCCUCUCGACCUGGAAGCCAGUGAGCUGCUCUCAGACACCUUCGAGAUCCUGAGCUGCAGAGAGAUCAAGCUGUCGGCCAUGAGGUCCAAGCCGGAGGACGACCUCCAGCCAGAGGAGGAUGAACUGGCCAUGGCCAAUGCAGUCAUGCAGGUGGCCCAGAAGAAACUCAUCUCGCAAGUCCAGAAGAAGAAUUUUGUAGAAAAUGUCAUUCCAGUCGUCAUUUCACUGAAGGCUUUGCUGCAGGAAAACCGGCUUCCGGCGCUGAGGGAUCUCAUGAAUUAUCUCCGGGAGGUGAUGAAAGAUUAUCGGAACGAGAUCAAGGAGUUCUUUGCCCUGGACAAGCAGCUGGCAGCAGAACUGGAAUACGACAUGAAGAAGUACGAAGAGCAGCUGGAGCAGGAAUCAGAGCAAGGCCAAGAGCCCUCCAGAGAGACGGACGUCCUUGAGCCUGCGGUGGCUGUGCAGCAGUCCCCCCGCUCUGCUGAUCAGGUUCAGGAGGCGUCUCCCACCGCCCGAAGAGACUCCUCGCUUUUGAAAUCUCCUCCAGCCCCUGCUGGGUUUACUGUGGCCAGGCCAGGCGUCUUGACUCCAAGGCCCAGAAACGUGUCUCUGAAUACUCUUGCCAUCCUCAACUCUGCUAAAAUGGCCGUGGAAGCCGCUUCCAAGCAGCGCAGCAGGAGCCUGGGCAGAAGACCUGCAUCUCCAGGGAGCAAGGAGCCAUUCACCACCUCCUGUGGAAGCCUAAACCAACCAUCUUCCGGAGCCACCGUUCCCCUGGAAGGCCGAGCGAUCAGCACCCCUGAGAAGUCGAUCAGCAAUGUGACCUUUGGCGCUGGGGUCAGCUGUAUCGCCUUGAUGCCCACACCAGCAUCCUCUCCAGGAAAGCAAGGGGCUCAGGAUUCAGAGGAACAGAUUGUUUGCUUGGUAUCACCUGACAGACCAGCUUUGCGGCCUCGGCAGUGGAAAAUAAACUCGCCAGCAAGAGGAAAUGGUCCCCGACGCGUAGGCCCACGGCAGUCCAACCGCCGAACACCCCGGAACCCUAGCAAAUGACGCUUUACUCCCACCUGAGCCAUAUCUUUGUACAGAAGUAUAAUCAUGUAUUUAACUCUUUCUCCACAUUGUUGUACCUUUGAAGACCGCUGCUGACAUCUGUGUAAAUAGUUUUGUAUUCUUAGUACGUCAAGCUUAACUUUGUAACUAUAGUCAAUAUCUAUUUAGCUUAAAUAACCCACUGCUGCUUUGAUUGAGGUGAUGCCUGCCCGUCUUAGCUUAUUUUCAACACAGGGGCGUCUUGGGGUGGAAUUAAACACCCUUUGAAGCAGUCAUAUCCAGUUCAAAGGAGCUGCAGGCCCAUGAGGAGCUCCGGUGGUUGGACAGUAGCAUAUGACUGCACUCUGGAUUUUCUAUCGCAUAGCUAAAAGCACAACAUUUCGGUCAAUGUGUGUCCUUGGUACAUGCCUACUACAUGACCUGAUUGUUCGGUCUUCAGGGAGACUUCCCUGGAUGGAGGCAUUCAGUGUGAAUCAGGCCACACAAUGCGGCAAGAAGCCUUUGAAAUUGUCUCCAUGGAAAAUCAGUACAAUUAAAAGGUGACACUGCAGUUAAUCAUCCCCAGAAAUGAGAUUCCCGUAAGAGCCUGAGGUGGUAUUGCCACAUGGAUAAGUGUGUGUUCUUCUGGAGGGUUUCGGGGGCCUUCUUUCCCUGCAGCUUCUGCUGCCCUUGGGGAAAAAACAGCUCUUUAGAAAAGUUGAUCCUUGGAUCAGUUUAAAAGCCAGGAGGCUGUAAGUGGAAGGUGGAAAGGCACAUUCACAUGGAAGAACAUGUGUGUUUAUGUGUUCCUCAUUGGCUCUGGGCCUGUAUUUGUCCUUAGAAAACCCAGCACAUUUUCUGUGCCAAUUUCCACAUUAUAGGACUUUGAAGAAUCAUGCCAAAAUUAAUUUCUAGAGAGAGAAUUUGCCUUGAUGCAGUGCUUUAGUCAAAUAAUCACAGUGUUUGAAGAGACUCUGGUGUAUAUAUAGCCCUCAUUGAUUAUUUCCUGCUUGUGGACCAUGUUAACUCCCAUUGUUUUAAUUUGUAUACACACAGUUUUUCACAUUCCGUGCACACUUGGCCUUUGCACUUCUUAAGUUUCGUUUCUUUCACCCCCCCUCCCCCCACCUUUGGGUCUUUUCCCCCUAAGCAAAUAGCAAAAGACCAAAAGUGAACUUGGUCACCUAAGAGUGUCAGUAAAAUAGUGAGACCCUAAUUUACACAAAGCUUUUUAGCCAAAGGCUGUAAAGCUAUUAAAAACAUGGCUGUUGUUAACUGCAUGCUUUUAGGUCUAACAACAGCAUGCUUUUAAAAAUUUGGAUGCUGUACUGGGGUCAAGAAAUUUCUUUCCAGAAUCCUGUGCCACUGCACUGGGGCAAUGCUCCCCCUGAGGUUUGGGAUUCAUAUGGGGUGGGGGUGGGUUAGUGCAGUUCAACGCUUGCUUCCACCCUGAACUUGCUGAGUGGCUGCCGGUGGCAAGACCAACCGUGAGCCUAAUUGUGCCAGCUUGUCUUUUACGAAAGCCUGCGAGACACCCAGCCCUUACCUCACAUCAAUGCCAGGCAGGUACUGGGCAACCCCUCCAUUCCACCCCG